UGCAAAAAUAAGACUGCCCUACUCCUGAAAAGUGAGAACGCACGCUCUCUCUGCCUCUCUCAGCUCAGGUGGGGAUUCCAGUGGUCAUAAAAGACAAAGAGCCAAACACCCCUAGUGUAGUCCUCCCACCGGAAAAAAAAAAAAAGAAGAAGAAUUAAAAAUCAUGGCUUUCAGUUCUCGUCUCAUGUCCAGAUCCAAACAGUUGUAUGGAAGUCAAGCGAUUUUGAAUCAGCAACAUGCUUUUCCAGUUCGUUAUUAUGCAAAAGAGGCUGCUCCUGCCGGGCUCAAGGGAGAUGAGAUGUUGAAGGACAUCUUUCGGGACAUCAAGCAGAAAUUUGAGACAGCCAUUGGGGUACUUCGGAAGGAAAAGAUCACCAUCGAUCCUGAGAAUCCAGCUGCCGUGUCUCAUUAUGCGAAGGUCAUGAAGACAAUUAGAGAGAAGGCUGGCUUGUUUUCAGAAUCACAAAGGAUCCAGUUUACCAUUGAAGAAGAAACACAAGAUAUUCCAGAUGCUCGGACGUUUUUUCUGAAAUUACAGGAAAUAAGAACCAAGAGAGGUCUCUCUGAUGAGCUUGGUGUAGAGGCUAUGACGAUGGAUGCAUUGGAAAAAGUUGAAAAGGAAAUUAAGCAACCUCUGAUGAGGAAUGAUAAGAAAGGAAUGGCUCUUCUUAUGGCGGAAUUUGACAAGGUUAAUAAGAAGCUUGGAGUUCGUAGGGAAGAUCUACCAAAAUAUGAAGAGGAGUUGGAACUUAAAAUUGCCAAGGCACAAUUGGAGGAGCUGAAGAAGGAUGCUGUUGAGGCAAUGGAAACACAGAGGAAGAGGGAGGAAUUUAAGAAUGAGAAAGAGGUUGAUGUGAGGUCUUUGGACAUCAGGAACUUUCUCUAAGUCUUCCAUGGCUUGUCAAUGGCCUGGCUUGAUAUUGAGCUUUUUUCAGGCACCACCUAGAAUGUGGGAAAUAACCAUCUGUUUUGCUUUGAUAAUAAAAAGGUGUUGAAUCACAGCUGUGCCUUUUCGUGUUAAUUCAAGUUGAUAGCCAGGAGGGGUAACUGGGAUUAUGCUGUCACUUGUCUUGCAAUGAAUUAUUUGUUUUAGAAAGUCGCUGGUCUUUGCAGACUAAUUUUCUUCCUAUUACCAACUGUAUCUAAGCAUUCAUGGUCACAUUUGGCAGUGUUUAGUCUGGAAAAGAAAUGAUUUGUGACUUUACCGGAUUAAAUAACUGUAUAAACAACUUCUUGCUUUGCAAAAAUGUCGAGUUUGAAGAAAUAUGGAAUGGGGUUAUGUGCUA